AUGUGUCCAGCACUAGAAGCUGUGUUGGUUAGGACAUGUGCUACGUAUGCCGAACCAUCGUUUGCCGAAGAGAGCGCUGUUUUCCAUGCCCAAUUCAGGGUGGCACGCUACAAUAUAUGGCUGCCAACCGAUGUCAGUGGGGUUCUUAUCAGUUUCUAUCCAGAUCGCCUGACCCGCUCUAAUGUCGGUGGUGCUGUUAGGCGGAACUUCGCACCGAUACCGCUUGUAGUUAGGUGCUGCUACGGCCAAGAAGCCCACCCCGCAUGCAUUCGGCCAGAAGAAGAUCGGGCCACCUGCCGGUCCAACAUCAAAGCAAGCUCUGACUGGCCGAAAGUGUGGACCCAAAAGCCAAUCGUAAUCCAGUAUCCGCCGGAUGCCGGUUGCCACUGGCGCAUUGAGGUAUCCGAAUUUUCAUACAUUUUAUAUACGACGCAUUGUACAUACGGUUUGGCCCAGUUUUGGGCGUUUAAUACACGUCGUGCAUCUUUUGUACUUUCUUUGACGAAGACGCCAGCUUAUAAUUCUGUCUCACAAUUUGUUAUGCACCUCAUCCCUGUAAAGUGUAACGCUCUGUUUCAAGACUGGCUAGGGUCAAACCCGACCCUAUUGCUUGUGGGGGAGCUCACUGAGAUAACAGAUAAGUCCGUCUAUCCGGGCCGCUAUAUCAGUCCCAGUGGUCCAACUGAAGAUAGUAUUAUCACCGGAUCGCCGAUUCGAAUAGUUUUCGGUGGGCAUAACUUACCUACGAUAGAUGAGUCAAUUAUACGAUGUUUUGGUCAUACAUCAGUUGGUCGACUUCAUCGGAGGGCUCUUUGCACAAUGAUCUGGCAGCGAAGUAUGGGAGUCAUUACCAACAGACACGGUUGCGCUGAGGUCAAUACCAUCUCCGUGAAUGGAGAUUGGACACACCACCCUCUUAUCACUUGGUCCAUCUGGUCCCCAUGGAAACAAGCCGAACCACGGACAUUCCGGUCAGCAAAUUAUCCCUCUUACCACUUGGUCCAUCUCGUCCCCAUGGAGACAGGUUUUAUCCAGAAAACCAACACUUACAGAAACGACGAGUGGGCAGAAGCUAACCCUAAAUCCGCAGACUCUGACAGUUCAUCAAUUGGCUUCGGCCGCCAGAGAGAGGUCGUUCAACCGUAG